AUGAAGCUAUACUUUGAGGCUGAGAAGUUCAUCAAGGGGGGACUCUCGGGACUCCAACUGCGUGUAUUCCAGGCAAAGCUUAGUCUGCUGCCGAAACAUGUGUACGCCCUCGUCAUCAAUACCCUCAAAUUGAAGCCUUACAUUGAGGAAGUGAUUAAGAAACUGGGUAUCCAAAAGGACAUCAAAAGAAAAUGCCUGGCUCUGUUACUUUUAUUGCUUGUCUAUGAUUUGGCAUUUUCACCCCAGGGACGAAUCCAACUGGGGAAGCAUCCUCUCAAGGAUGAAGUGUUACGCCAUAAGACCCGACUUGCGGCCGAAGUGACCAGACUCAAGAUCAAACAUAAAGUAAAGCUGCUAACGGAAUUGGCUACCGAAGAAAAUGAUGAUGAAACUCCCGUGCGGUGGAUACGAGUCAACACAUUGAAAGCAACCCCUGACGAUGUAUUUAAUACCGCCGAGUUUAAGAAAUUGGAACUGGUUAGUCGAUGGCAGGAUAUCAAAGCACCCGGAUACAUCUAUACCGAUGACUACAUUGAGAAUUUGUAUGGUGUACACCCUCGUGAGCGCAUAACUGAGUCUGAAGCCUACAAGAAUGGUCACAUCAUUAUCCAGGAUAGAGCACUGUGCUUCCCGGCGCACUUGUUGUGUCAAGCUGACACACAUGACGAAAUCAUUGAUGCUACGGCGGCGCCCGGUAACAAGACCACCCACGUCGCCGCUUUAUCUCGCACCUUAGUGUACGCAUUUGAACGUGAUGAUAAUCGGGUCAAGACAUUAAAAAUGAUGUGUCAACGGGCCACCGACAAUAAAGAUGCUAUCCAUGUUACUCAUGCCGAUUUUACGGCGACUAAACCCGAGGAUUUCCCAAAUGUCACGGGGCUCAUCGUCGAUCCGCUGUGCCUGGGCCUGGGGAUCUUUGGUAGAGGGUCAAACAACCAAGAGCAAACCCAUGACGAAGGGCGUCUUGCCAAAUUGGCUGCAUUCCAAUUUAAGAUUGUCAAGCAUGCGAUGUCAUUCCCGAAAGCUCGGCGGGUGAUUUACUCGACAUGCUCUGUACAUGCCGAGGAGAAUGAGCAGGUGGUGGCGGAGUUGCUUAAUGACCGGGAGCUCUGGGAAUCCGGGUGGCGUUUAGAGAAGCGUGACAAUGUGCUUAGUACGUGGCCGCAUCGGGGUCUAGCUGAUGAGUUGAAGGGGGUGCAUGGGUGUGAUGCCGAUGAGCUCGCGGGAGGGUGCGUGCGGGCAACGCCUAAAGAGGACGGCGGCAUUGGCUUUUUUGCCGCCAGUUUCGUAAAUGUGACCCGGAAGCCUUAG